AUGUGGGCUCAACUCCUUUUAGGAAUAUUGGCCUUAUUGCCAGCCAUGGCAGAAAAACAACCCCUAAACUACCUGGUGACGUUACCAGCUUUGCUUAAGUUCCCUUCUACUCAGAAGGUUUGUUUGGAUCUGAGCCCUGGGUACGAUGAUGUAAAAUUUACUAUUACUUUGGAGACCAAGGGCAAGACCCACACCUUGCUAGCACAUUCUGGAUCGAAGACGAAGCUCUUACAUUGCAAGUCCUUUUCGGUACCAAUUCCUUCGGGUGGCACAGAAGAAGUAGCCACGGUCCGGGUGAGAGGAACUGGAAAUAAAAUCAACAUUGAGGAGAAGAAAAAGGUUCUAAUUCAGAGGCAGCAGAAUGGCAUCUUUAUACAAACUGACAAACCUGUCUAUAACCCAGGGCAUGAAGUGCAUUUUCGCAUCGUCACCCUCACCAGCAACUUUGUUCCAGUGAAUGACCAGUACUCCAUUGUGGAACUGCAAGAUCCAAACAACAAUAAGAUUGCACAGUGGCUGAACGUGGUGCCCGAGGAAGGCAUUGUAGACCUGUCCUUCCAACUGGCACCAGAGGCGACGCUGGGCACCUACACUUUGGCUGUGGCAGACGGCAAGACCUUUGGCACCUUCAGUGUGGAAGAAUAUGUGCUGCCUAAGUUUAAGUUGGAAGUGGUGGAACCCAAACAGUUAUCAACGGUACAAGACUCUUUCUUAGUGAAAAUUUGCUGUAGGUACACUUAUGGAAAGCCCGUGCUAGGGACAGUGCAUGUAUCAGUGUGUCAAAAGGUAUAUACUUACCGGCUUCCAGAGCCAGAAGGGGAACACCUAUCUGACAGAUGCAAGAAUAUCUCUGGAAAGACUGACAAAGCAGGAUGCAUCUCAUCUUCUGUGGCCAUGUCUAUCUUCAACCUCACUGGGCAUUCUUACAGUGACGAAAUCAAUAUCGUGGCUACUAUGGUGGAAGAAGGGACAGGAGUGGAGACCAAUACCACUCGGUAUAUCUACAUUUCUCCACAAGAGGGAUCAAUGACCUUUGAAGACACCAAUUAUUAUUAUUACCCUAAUUUCCCCUUCAGCGGAAAGAUAAGAGUUAGGGACCAUGAAGACUCCCCCCUCAAGCAUCAUUCAGUGUUUCUGUUGAUUCACGGCGAAAAAGGAACCAUGAAGCAGACCCUAACUACUGACAACGAAGGUCUUGCUCCCUUCAAGCUGGACACGAUUAAUUGGGACGGUAAAGGCAUUUCUCUGGAGGGGAUGUUCCAAUUGGAAGAAAUGCCAUAUGAUCCAGAAAGAGUGCCUCGUUACCACAACAAUGCCUACAUGUACCUGGAGCCCUUCUACAACACAACUCACAGCUUCCUUGCCCUCCAGGGGCCAAAUGGCAUCUUGGAAUGUGGCCGGCCCCAUGAAGUGCUGGUGGAUUAUUACAUCGAUCCAGCUGACGUGGAACCUGACCGGGAAGUCAUCUUCACCUACUAUUUAAUAGGGAAAGGGAAUUUGCAGAUGGAGUGGCAGAAACGCGUGACGUCUAAGAGAAAAGGACUGAAAGGUUCCUUCUCUCUCUCAUUGACCUUCAACUCCAGACUAGCCCCUGAUCCUUCCCUGGUGAUGUAUGCCAUUUUUCCCGGUGGAGGUGUUAUAGCAGACAAACUUCAGUUCUCAGUGGAGAUGUGCUUUGACAAUCAGGUUUCCCUUGGCUUCUCACCUUCCCAGCAGCUUCCAGGAGCAGAUGUGGACCUGCAGCUCCAGGCAGCUCCCCAGUCCCUGUGUGCGAUCCGGGCCGUGGAUGAGAGUGUCUUGCUGCUUAGACCAGAGAGUGAGCUGAGCAACCGCUCCGUCUAUGGAAUGUUCCCAUUCUGGUACGGUAACUACCCCUAUCAAGUGGAUGAAUAUGAUGAGUGUCCAGGGCCUCGCCCAUGGGAGUUUUCCCAGCCCCGCAUUGAUGCAGUGCCUGAGGAGCGUUGGGGCAGGCUUUCUUACAUGUGGAGGCCUUGGUACUAUGAAGGCGUAGCUCUUUUCAAUUUUUUCAAGGAAGUGGGCCUGAAAAUACUGUCCAACGCCAGAAUCAGGAAGCCAGUAGAUUGCAGUUACCGAACUUCAGGAGACAGUGCUGCAGGUAAUGAACCUCGUCCAAGGACUUUAAGGAUACCACCAGUUCAGGCAGAGGAUUCUCAGGUUCGCCAGUACUUCCCGGAGACUUGGCUCUGGGAUCUGUUUCGUGUUGGUAACUCAGGGAAGACGUCUGUCCCCGUCACAGUUCCUGAUACCAUCACCACAUGGAAGGCCAUGACUUUCUGCACUUCCCAGUCCAGAGGCUUUGGUCUUUCACCCACUGUUGGACUGACUGCCUUCAAGCCAUUCUUUGUUGAUCUGACUCUCCCUUACUCGGUAGUUCGCGGAGAAUCCUUUCGUCUUACUGCCACCAUCUUCAAUUAUCUGAAGGAGUGCAUUAGGGUUCAGACUAACCUGGCUAAAUCAGAGGAGUACCAGGUGGAACCAGGGACAGACUCUCAGGCCUCCAGCUGUCUCUGUGCUGAUGAAUCAAAAUCCUAUCACUGGAAUAUCACAGCUGUCAAACUGGGUCAUGUAAACUUCACCAUCAGCACUAAUAUUCUGGACAGCAAUGAACUCUGUGGGGACAAGAAGGGGUUUGUUCCAGAAAAGGGCCAGAGUGACACACUCAUCAAACCAGUUCUGGUCAAGCCGGAAGGAGUCCCUGUGGAGAUGACACACAGCUCGCUGUUGUGCGCCAAAGGAAAAGUGGCUUCAGAAUCCAUCUCCCUGGAGGUCCCUGUGGAUGUUGUUCCUGAUUCAGCCAAGGCUUAUAUUACUGUUCUGGGGGACAUCAUGGGCACAGCCCUGAAGAACCUAGACAGUCUGGUGCAGAUGCCAAGGGGCUGUGGGGAGCAGAACAUGAUCUUGUUCGCUCCCAUCAUUUACGUCUUGCAGUACCUGGACAAGACAGGGAUGCUGACUAAGGAAAUCAAGUCUCAAGCAAUGGAUUUCCUGAGGCUAGGGUACCAGAGGGAGCUGAUGUACAAACACAGCAACGGCUCCUACAGUGCCUUUGGGGAGCAGGAUGAAAAUGGAAACACAUGGCUGACUGCCUUUGUCACAAAAUGCUUGGGCCAGGCUCAGAGAUUCAUCUUCAUUGAUGAGAUGAACAUCCAGGAUGCUCUCAGCUGGAUGGCGGGAAACCAGCUCUCCAAUGGCUGCUAUGCCAACGUGGGAGAGCUCUUUCACACAACUAUGAAGGGUGGAGUUGAUGACAAGGUCUCCUUGACUGCCUACAUCACGGCUGCGUUGCUGGAGAUGGGAAAGACCGUAGAUAACCCGAUGGUGAGUCAGGGUCUGCAGUGUCUCAAGCCUUCCGUCUCCUCCACCACCAACCCCUACACACAGGCCCUACUAGCUUAUACUUUCACUCUGGCUGGGGAUAUGGACAUCAGAAACAUUCUUCUUGAAAAGCUAGAUCAACAGGCUAUCAUCUCAGGAACGUCCAUUCACUGGAGCCACAAACCUACUCCAUCAUCGGAUGCCAGCCCUUGGUCUGAGCCUGAGGCUGUAGAUGUGGAACUUACGGCAUAUGUAUUGUUGACCUGGCUUAGCAAAGCCGACUUGACUCCAAAUGAGAUAAACAAGGCCACUGGCAUAGUGGCUUGGUUGACCAAGCAGCAAAAUGCAUAUGGAGGGUUCUCUUCCACUCAGGAUACUGUAGUUGCUCUCCAAGCUCUUGCCAAGUAUGCCACUAUUGUCUAUGCGCCGUCUGAGGAAGUCAACCUGGCUAUAAAAUCUGCUCAGAAUUUCCAGCACACUUUCAACGUUCAAGCUGCCAACCGGUUGGUGCUUCAGCAGAAGAGUCUGCCCGAUUUCCCCGGGGUGUACACCUUGGAGACUUCAGGCAAGGGCUGUGUCUAUGUGCAGGUGGUGCUGAGAUAUAAUAUUCCCCUUCCUCAAAGUGUGGAUGCCUUUAGUCUUAGUGUGGACAUAACAAAAGCUCGGUGUGAGCCAAGUAUUUCACCUCGAUCCUUGGCUCUGACCAUCCGUACCAGUUAUGUGGGGAGUCGCAGCUCUUCCAAUAUGGUUAUUUUGGAAGUAAAGAUGCUUUCCGGGUUCAGUCCAGUGGAAGGCACCAAUCAGUUACUUCUCCAGCAACCACUGGUGAAGAAGGUUGAAUCUGGACCUGACACAGUCACCAUCUACUUGGAAAAGCUUAUUAAGGAGACUCAGAUCUAUACCUUCACCAUCAGCCAAAGCCUGUUGGUCACCAACCUCAAACCAGCAACCAUCAAAGUCUAUGACUACUACCUACCAGAUGAACAGGCAACAAUUCAAUAUUCUGAUCCCUGUGAAUGAGGGUAGAAGAUGGAAAGAGACUAAAUGAAUUCUCCACGACAUUACUGGACAGCAUUCUUCAGUCUCUUAAAGCAGAACCC